UCCGGCGUCUUCGCCAUCACCAAGACCCGACUUUUGCUAGUUGCGUCGCUGGCCAUCACAUGGUGGUUUGCUCAUCUCCUGCCGAGCUACAAGCCUAUGAUCAAGGCCGAGUUCAAGUCAAGAUUGGACGAGGCUCGCCAGAAGAUGCCCAAGAUCAAGGUUGACUGGAAACCCGACCUGACCAAGGACCCGAGAUCCAACUACAAUGCAUCCAAGAUAGCAUUGAUUAUCGAGCCGCGCCCUAUCCCGCAUCUCGUACCCCAGCUACUGCACAUGACCUCGGUCGUGCCUCCCGACUGGAGAUUCCUAUUCAUCGGCUCCAACAAGAGCGUUGUCAGCGUCGCCCGGAGCUACGGCAUCAAGCACCAGCAAGUCAUUGGAAAACUCGACUUGAUGGUCCUCCCUGAGCCCUGGCAAAUCGACACCAAGGAGCACGUCUUUCGACUGUUGACUGAUAUUCGCUUUUACGAAGAGUUCCUCCCUGGCAUCGAAUGGAUCCUCAAGUUCGAGUCCGAUAGCAUCCUCUGUUCCAACUCACCGACCAGCCUCAACGAGUGGCUCGAAUGGAGUUGGGCUGGCGCAUCCAGGACCCCUGAUGAUCGCUUCUCCGGCAAUGGCGGCCUUUCUCUCCGCCGAGUCUCGUCCAUCAAGAGAGUUUUGCAAUUCCAGGAAAGAUACAACGACACUGAAGCCGAAGACGAAUGGUACGGGAAGCGACUCUGGGUCAUGCAGGGCGAAAAAGUAGCCCACGGCAGAAAGGGUGUUUUGGCAGUGGAAGACGUCUACAUGGAGAAGCCCAUGGGUUACCACGUUAAGGAUGGCGGCCAGGGCAUUUCUGACAAGGUGUGGAAGAAUCCCAAGCAACGGAAGAAGAUUUUCGACUACUGCCCCGAGCUCAGCUUGAUCAUGGAUAUGAAGUUGGAGCGCGAGCGUUGCGAUGGCGACAACAAAGAAGGCAGCUUUGGCCCAACG